AUGCUCUGCGCCAGCUGCCAGGGCAUUCAUUUCCAAACACCCGCCUCGUCGCACCCGCUGCUGGCCAGGGCAACGACAUACAUUCUCCACACAACGAGACAAUCGCUGCUUGACGCAAUCGCCGACGGAUGCCGCUUCUGCAGCCUGGUGCGCUCGCAGCUGGGCGACGUCGAGACGGCCAGCCACGUUUGCGACGAGCUCGGCGCAUAUGUCGUGCUGCGGUUCAGCGUCUCUGGCGGACGGGCUGCCGUGGCCAAUGGCCUGCGGUCCGUCGGCAUCAUCAGCAGGCUCGGCAACGCCAUCUUGGAUGAGAUUCGGGAGCUUCCAGAGGCGUAUGCCACUGCGCUUGAAGAGCAUGCCCGCGCCUGCCAGUCGGCCGCGCAGCAAUCAGGUGUCACCAUCUACAGCCCCGUAGUCAACACCCAACUCGCUCGGCUCUGGCGGGACGAGUGCCUGCGCAGCCACAGCGCGUGCAGGCUCGCCAGCGCAGGCUCGUCGCCACCAGCCUCGCUGCCCACGCGCUUGCUGGACGUGACAGACCCCGACCGGCUGUUGCUGGUCGAAACCAGCCCUACAGGAGCAGCUGCCGCUACUGCAACGACCCGCACAUCCACCACGCCGUACGUGGCGCUGAGCUACGCGUGGGGCGCGGGCGCGCGCUUCCUGACGCUGCGCGACAACGUGGCGGCGCACCGGGCAGCCGGAAUCUCAGCAUCGGCCCUGCCCCGCACGUUCCGCGACGCGGCGCACGCGGCGCGCGCGCUGGGGUACGGGUGGCUGUGGAUCGACGCGCUGUGCAUCGUGCAGGACGACGGCGCCGACGUGGCGCGCGAGCUGGCCCGCAUGGGCGACGUGUACCGCUGCGCCGAGAUGACGCUGGCCGCGCAGGGCGCCGCCAGCGCACACGCCGGGCUGUUUGCCUUGCCCUCGGCUGGGAGUGGGGGUGUGCUGCGGCCGUGCAAGGUAAGCAUCGUCGUGUCGGGGCCUGGCUUUACUGUCGCUCGCGCCGCGACCCUCGCCGGCGUCGCCAACGGGCCCGAUUUUCUUGCUGCGCGCGGCUGGGUCCUCCAGGAGGAGGUGCUGUCGUCGCGCGCGCUCGUGUUCGCCGGCGCCCAGAUCGCCUGGGAGUGCAUGCAGAUGACGGCGCGCGAGACGCUGCCGGUCCCGCGGCCGCGGCGUGUGCCCCUGGCUUUUGCCGCGCUGGCGAGCGAUGGCGCGCUGGCACGCGAGCGCGGCAGGGUCAUGGGCAACGUCGAGGCCAUGCGCAUGCGGCUGUUCGCGCCGCAGGAGAUGCUGGCGUCUGAGUCUGCAGAUGGUGGGAGGCUGCCGCGGCAGCGCGCCAAUCACUUCGACGCGUGGUACGCGCUGGUCGAGGAGUACAGCGACAAGCAGCUGACCAACGCCGGCGACACGCUGCAGGCGCUGGGCCGGCUGUCGGCCAUGUUCGCGCAGGGCCACGGCACCUCGUACCUAGCGGGCCUGUGGAGGGAGGACCUGGUGUCCGGGCUGGCGUGGUACGUGGCCGUCAAUGACAAGCGCGAGGUCAAUGAUGCUGACACGCGGCGCCGCGUCGCGCCGUCGUGGAGCUGGGCGUCGGUCGGUAAGGUCCGCGUGCGAUAUGUGCCCACCUUGAGGGAGCCGCACCAGCCGGCGAGUUCUUGA